AUGGCAUUGGACGACGGGAUGAGUGAUAUUACAAAGGAAAUGGAGGAUACAUUAUUAGACUCCGACUCUGAUGCAGGACAAUCCAAUCAGGCCGUUUGUCCCAGUGAAAUUAAAAAUGUGCUGCGAAGUCAUUCGCUGCUACUGAGAAAACUUGGGAAACAAGUGAAGUUGCUUAUGCAGCAGCAGCAGCAGCAGCAGCAGCAGCAGGAGUAUCUCUUCCAAAGAGAAAAUUUAAUAAGUAAGUUGCGUAAAAUCGCAUACAUACACGUAUGCGUGCAGGGAGUUUCCUUCGAAAUGGCGACGGCACACUCCCCGGUGAGAACCCGCUCCCAGGCCGCAACGUCGAUUCCGGCGGAGGGCACUUUGGAAGCCGUGCUGUUACAGCUACAGCAGUUGCGCGAGGAGCGGCGGCAGGAGAGUCGGGAGCAGCAGCGUUUCCGCAGCGAGAUGGAGGCUCGUCUACAAGAGCGCGACGUAGCUCUGAGUUGCCUGGAGCAACGACUUUUACAGCUAAGUCCCUCCGAGAAUGUUUCUUCGUGCGAGAGCGCGGGGGGCGCGAUGCGUGAGUUACACGGGUCGCGUGCGGAGAUGCUAGAAGAGCAAGAGCUCGUUGGUACAAGUAUAGAGGAAAACAACUUUCUUUUGGAAGAGGCGGUAGAGGUGAGAAAGGCGGAAGAAGCGGAAGAGGCAGAAGAGGCGGAAGAGUCGAAAGAGGUGGAAGAGACGAAAGAGGCGGAAGAGGCGAAAGAAGCGGGAAUAGAGUAUCCAUGGAAUCAUACUCAGUAUCAUACUGAGUUUCAUCCGUAUCUGUAA